CUACCAUUGUUGUCAGCGAUCACAGUCUAUCCUGUGUGGUGUCACCAGCAGGCCACAUUGCUGCUGCACUGAGUCAGACGCUGCGACCAUGGAAGGAUGGACGGUUAUCUGUGGAGCUUUCAUCGCGAUCUUCUUGUCGGGGUUUGGAUCUGAAGCGGUAGAUGACACCGUCAUCCUCGUUUCUGACUGGUCCGUUCCUGGAAAGGUCCAAAGCGUCAGCAUGCAGCACAUGAACUUCUCCACCCUCCCCAUCAUCAACAUCUCCCGACCUGUUGCCAUUGACUACGACCCGGAAGCACACGCCCUCUACUGGACCGACGUCUUCCUCAAACAGAUUCGUCAGACAAGUCUACAUGAUGGGACGGACCUGGUUCUAGUUCAGCUGAACGACUCUGCAACGCCGGAUGGAAUUGCUGUUGACGUCACAGAGAGGACGGUGUUUUACACAGAUGCUGGUAAUGACUUCAUAGGCAAGGUGGACCUGGAUACUCUUGAGAGUCAUGCGUUGAUUGAUACCAAUCUCCAUGACCCGAGAGCCAUCUAUGCAUACACAGAAAAGCGGCAGUUGUACUGGACUGAUUGGGGCGCCUUUCCCAGGAUAGAGACGGCCAGAUACGAUGGGUCAGACAGGACAACACUUGUGGCAACUGAUCUCAUCUGGCCAAAUGGAAUCACGCUGGACAAACCGAAUGGCCGACUAUAUUGGUGUGACGCCAAGCGGAAGGUCAUAGAGUCGGUGUCGCUUGAUGGCGGGAGCCGGAGGGUGCUGUUGUCUGAGACCAAGGCGCACUACUUCGACAUCUUUCACCACCAGGGACGCCUCUAUUUCACAGACUGGCACAAACAAAGGUCUAUUCUCUACAUCCCCGUGUCUGGCGGCAAUGUCAGCUCCCUGGAGUCCCACGGAUUCUCCCACCUCGCCGGCAUCCACGUCAUCUCUAACAUCUCCUCACCGUCAGUUUCUUCGGUAACAUCUUCCACCUAUGUGACUGUGGUGGCGCCUGCGACUUCAGAUUCGCACAUCGACGUGGGGGAGGAACAUUCGGGUUCCAAGCAUGACGCGGCCCAGGACGAGCAUAUGACCCCUGCAGUCGGGGCUUCAAGUGUCGAGGUGGAGUCGGGAGUACACUUGUCUUUUGUGCAAACGAUGUUCGUGGCGCUGGGCUGUGUGUCGGUGUUCCUCCUGAUGGCUGUCACGUUCCUGGCCAUCUUCUACCUGCUCAGACGCAGAAGAGAACAUCGGCAAGAAACGUAUUGCUACUUGGACCGUCAACGCGAGGGGCCGUUCACGAACAACAUGUAUAUGGAGAUCGGAGCCAGUCUGGAUGACAACACGGAGGUGUAUCUGGUACCCUGUGACGAGCUGAAGAGAAGCAAGGAGGAAGACCCCAUCUACGAUGAAAUCGGAGACGCAAAGAAAUACUGACUGUGAACUUCACCGUGCGUGUGUAACAUAUGGGCUGAUGGACGAUGUUGAAGUGGAUGUACAUUACUGAUGAUUCUGGAGGAGUCAGAGCCCGUUGGCGUGCUGUCGAGAGUCGGGCCUGGAUACGUGGUGUUCAAUAACCCGUUACUCACACGUACACGGAGAAGGGUCCGUAGAAAACAAAUAACAACAGUGGGUAAAUACCUCCCCCUGCAAACCUGAUAUCCUGCUGACAAACUGUAUAUCAUUGCUUGAAGCGUUGUAUUCUACAAGCUGUGUCUAAUCAGGCAGACUCCCAAAUAACAACAGUGGGUAAAUACCUCCCCCUGCAAACCUGAUAUCCUGCUGACAAACUGUAUAUCAUUGCUUGAAGCGUUGAAUUCUACAAGCUGUGUCUAAUCAGGCAGACUCUCAGUUCACGUGAUUCGCAUUAUAUGCUGAAACAGUGAAAAGUUAUUUGAGAUAUACGGUGUUUCUCCUGCCCUCGUCUUGCGUAGUAUGGAAGUUCUGGAGCCACAGACCUGAUCGGCAGAGGAUGUAGAUCAAAUCUACAACAUUUUAAGUUUGAAUCAACGGAUACGAUAUUUAACAUUCGCCUUGGUUUCGCGUAGGCAGUAGCCAUACUAUUAUACCAUUGUAGAUUUUAUCUAUAUCGUUUCCUAAGAAUAGUAUACUCUGUAAUGCCACCAGUUGUCGAGUGGAGUGUAAAAUCAGCCAUGUUGGAAUCGUCUGCAUCUGUCUGUUAAAGGGGAAGUGUACACGCAAAAA